GCGUUAGUCCUACCUUUCGUCAUCUUUCUUCAAUCACCUACGUAUCUCUUCUGCACCAAUCGUCAUGGCAUCUAUUCUUACCAAUGUUGCACAGGCUGCGCACUCUGCCGCCGCCACAGUGCUCAGUGCUGCCCAGAUCGAGGCAGGCGAACUAAUCUCCCAGAAGCCCGUCAAAGAGGAAGAUCCUGAGCGCUCCAUUACACUCGAUCUCUCUGGGAAGAACAUCAUUCUCGGCGUUCCCGGGGCGUUCACACCGCCAUGCAGUUCUCAGGUCCCGCAGUACAUCGCAGACUACGACAAGUUCAAAGCCAAGGGCGUGAACAAUAUCUAUGUUGUUGCUGUAAAUGACGCCUUCGUGGUAAAGGCCUGGAAAGAAAAACUUGCACCGCAGGGCACAGGUGUCCGUUUCAUCGCGGAUGAUAAAGGAGAGUUUACUUCUGGCGUGGGACUCCUCUUCGACGCUUCUGGCCUUCUUGGUGCACCCAGAUCGAAGCGCUACGUCAUCGUGGCUCAAGACGGGAAGGUCGACUUCCUCGCAGUGGAAGAACAGCCUGCGAAUAUCACUGUUACCGCUGCGAACCUUGUGCUCGCCCAGCUCUAAACUGUACCAUGGACACAGAAGUAUUAUGAAUCACUGCCUGUACAAUAUCUUACAAAUACGCAGCGGAUCGCAUUCGCCAUUUGAUACAUCUUAUGUUGAAGACAAACAAGCCUGAAAUUGUCUACAACGUGCCAGCCGAGCAGAUCAUCUGCGCCCAGGAACAAAAGUUUUGCGGAUCAAAUAUACUUCUCAUGCCAACCACCGUGGACAGAGUGGACGCGAAUGAGAAUGGAUUCUCGGCACCCUGACGUCAACCCUCAACAAACUAAGUACUGGCACCCACUUAAUUUUUGAUAGAACGUGCUUCUGUACCAUGUGAUCCUCCACUGCUGUGCCAGUCCUGUGGAGUGUUACAUACGAUACGACCCUCAUCGCGUAUGCACAGCUCAUGUUCAGUGAUAAAUUUGGC